AUGGCAGGAUAUUCCGCAAGACCUAUGCCACCGCGUCCUACAGCCCCGUCUCAAGGAACGCAGAGACCACCGCCGCCGGGAAGGGCAGGCAUGAGGUCAGAAGCUCCACCAGCGGCGCCGCCGGCAGCACCUCCUGUAACACAAUCAGGACAUCAAGCAUUACCAGAAUCAGGAGCAAUGCCAGCAGCAUCUCCACAUCCAGGAACCCCUGUUGCGGCGCCACCAGGAGCUCCAGCGCCAGCAGAGGCAGCACCAACACCAGCCAAAGCAAAAACCAUUGUUCAACGGAAACAAAAGUUAACAGACUGUCCAACCAAUGUAAAAGAAGCAAUGGAUUGGAUAUUAAGACUGACAAACAAAGAUGGAACGAUAGGCGGGCAACCUGAUAAAGAAGCUAUAAAUGAAUUGGCCGGUGAGUUAUUGGCACUUAUGAAAGAAACGCAGACCUAUAUAAAAGGUCGUUAUAAAAGGUAUUCCAGUGAAGAUAAACGGUUGAUCGCAGAAGUCAUAAAGGCGCUGGAAAGUGAUACAAAAUAUACGGGAAUGGUAUCCGUAGGUUCUCUUGAUAAUGAUAAUAUCUAUGGAGGCGUAAUAACACAGUUGAGUACUAGCUUCAAUUCAUUGGUUGGAUGGAUCGGAAUGCACAUAAGUGGGUUAGUUCUUGGCAAGGUAAAGGCGAGCCCUGAGGAAGGCUACCUCUCAGCUUAUGAUAAAGACGCCACGUGGAAAAAUGCCAAAACAGAAAAGGAUGGCACAAAAAUAUGUGCAAAAAUAUUUCUUGGUUGCAUACCCUUACUCUUCACUGGUAUCACCUACUUAUAUUGGCAAUGUAGCCACGGCAAUGACGAUAGCGGUGGCAAACGGUGGGUAUGUGACGUUCAAAGGCACGCAGGUGGUUCAUCCUGCCAAGAAUUGACCAAUCCCGAUGGUAACAUAUGUAAUUAUCUCCAGUCGAUAGGUUUCCCAUUAGAACAACUCAAUGAUAAUGACAGUAGCAACAGGGAUGCAAACUUCCUCGUAUCAAUCAUUAAAGACUUUUUUCCGGAGUUCGACAGUAGGGGUAAUCGAAUGGGCUUCCGAAUGCUCAGCGGUGACAUCCCUCCCGUGGAUCAAGCAUAUUCAUCGUUUAUCAAGACAUUAUUAGUAAAUUCUAAGUUGAAAGACAGUGAACCUUCAAGUGAAAUCCUUGCUUCUCUUUAUUUUGCCAGCAAAUAUUAUUUCCAAGCUCAACAUUACACCCCAAAGUAUAAAAAAGAUGAAAAAAAACGUUUACCAGCUACCAUUCGUGAAAUGCUCUAUUGGUUAAUGACAUUGCCUUACACCCCUUUUUAUCGUUCUAUGGAGUUAGAGGGUCUGGAAAAGAUACUAAAGAUAGAAAAAGGCAACAAUGUGGAGUUUAUCAAGGGAAAGAAUCCUCGCGAGUGCAUUUCGAUCGACCUCAUCAAUACGCAUUACCGUGUUCUAUCUACUUGUAGCUACUCUAGUAUCGUGUUAAUGGCUAUACAAGGUGGACUAGACGAUAAGGAGACACGCAGUGACCCACUAAUCGUACACAAGCUUCUUACGAAUACACAUUUCUCCUUCUACUACCCCCUAAAAGAAAAGGAAUGGUUUGAACUCUUAUGGGACAUAGUGUCUGACCUAUACUUACAAAUUAAAUUCCUGAGUGAACAAUGCAUGACAUGUGUUACCGAAGGGUGUGGAUGGAAAUGGUGUCAAUAUGGUAGUGGUGUCAGUUGUAAGAACAUCUUGUCUUGGAUAUGUGGUGCCACUACUGAGCAAGGUGGUGUGCUCCACUCUUGUGUGAGUGACGGGUGUAACCAGUCACACAACGAACACGUAACAAGCAAGGGUCAGUGCUCACCCCUCCAAGCAUUCCUCUGCGAUAAUCUAACAAAUUUCAUAUGCCGUGAUACCACCAAAAAAGGAUAUACAAUCUAUCAGGACCAUAUAACACACCGUGUACAAAGACAGUGGUGUCCCAUACCACUGGGGUUCAAACAAUCAGACCUUCCAUCUGUACCUCGGAACGGAAACUGCCUUGAGAUCAUCCUAGACACAUUCUGCUACAGUAAAACAGAAUCCGUUAGUCUAUUUAACCUCAUAAUGUGCCUAAUGGGUUUCAUGGUGAAAACACCCCGAAGUCUAGGUGACCUCUUCGGAUUCUUCUAUUCUCUAGGGGAGUCAACUGAUAACAUUGGAACUGGCGACAAAGGGCCUAUAAUGAAAACUGAACUUGAAGAUACUAUCAAAUACUAUUCGUGGAAUAGCAGCCACACAUUCAACAAUACUGAUAUUGUCAGUGCAGUAAAAACAUUGAGUGGGAAUGCGGAUAGUGCGUCACAUCGGGGUCCAAUCAACCAUCCUGCCGACUUUAAAAGUAUCCAUGGUUGCUAUAUUGACAAAUGCGGUAGUUACAUCGCACCGUUAAGAGGGGAUAUAUACUCUGUAUUCCACACAAAGUACGCCCACACUUAUCUAGCGUGGAUAGUCUACCUCGCCGAUUACCUAUGUGAGGGCAUCAAAGAUCUAAUCAACAAGUUCAAAAAGGUUAAGUGCAAGUAUUGUGACCAUAUACCACAGUGCGAACCAGGAUGUCAUGAAAUCGACAAAGAUAAUGAUUGUAAAUGCCAGUCGGUCGUGAAGUGCGCCGCUGUCUUAGAACUAUAUCAUCGAUAUGGGUUCGGUUAUUCAUCUGCUUCGGAAUUGCAUGGAACCAGCUCGAAAAAAACAUGUGAAGAUUUCUUCAAUCAAGUCAAGGCAGUCUACGAAGGAAUACCACUGGCUGGUCUUAACAGUGCCGUAAACAACUUCCUACUCCACAUCCGUUUCUACUUUAUCCUUUACCAAGCCGCUUUCUGGAUUCUACUCAUUGCAUAUUUCAUAUAUGGGAUCUUAAUGACACUCGACUUAAUAUACAUUCGUUCACAUUGGAGGUUGGCCUUAUCUCAUCAAGUGCCAUCCACCAUAUUCCUGUCCAACCAAGCUUCACCAAAUGAUGCAUUCUACUUUAAAUUAUAA